AUGCAGUCCUCGGGACACCGCUUCCGCGACGUGGGAACACCAUCCUCUCCUGAACGAAAGCGAUGGCUACAGCCCUGCCCAUUCGGACAACGAUUUGGUGGACAGACUGUGGUUCAUCCGGGACGGCUGUGGCAUGGUGUGCGCCGUAAUCACAUGGAUGCUGGUCUUCUAUGCAGACUUUGUGGUGACUUUUUUGUAAAUGCUGCUGCCAUCCAAAGACUUUUGGUAUUCCGUCAUUAACGGGACCCUUUUCAACUGCCUGGCGGUCAUGGCACUGGCCUCCCACCUAAGGACCAUGCUAACCGAUCCGGGAGCGGUGCCCAAAGGAAAUGCCACUAAGGAGUAUAUGGAAAGCCUACAGCUGAAACCAGGGGAAGUCAUCUACAAAUGUCCGAAGUGUUGCAGCAUCAAACCGGAGCGAGCGCACCACUGCAGUAUUUGCAAGCGAUGCAUCCGAAAGAUGGACCAUCACUGUCCGUGGGUCAACAACUGUGUGGGUGAGAAGAACCAAAGGUUUUUCGUGCUCUUCACUAUGUACAUAGCACUGAUCUCUCUGCACGCCCUCAUUCUUUGUGGCUUCCAGCUCUUCACCUGUGUCCGGGGGCAGUGGACAGAUUGCAGCAGCUUCAGUCCACCUGUCACAGUGAUCCUCAUGAUCUUCCUCUGCCUCGAGGGCCUCCUCUUUCUCACCUUCACAGCUGUCAUGUUCGGGACACAGAUUCAUUCCAUAUGCAAUGAUGAAACGGUACGUGGGGAUAUGGGACAAGCCAUGACUGUUACUGCUCUGAUUUCUGGUGUUGGUGUGUGUUUUUUUGUUUGUUUUUUUUCUGAUUAG